AACCUCCUGCUCCACCUCCUCCGCCUCCUUCGACGACGACGACGACGACGACGACGACGUCGUCGUCAGCCACCACGGGGACGUCUACGUGAUGCAACGUGGCCUUUGCCGCGCGUUCGUCCAGCUGUCAUCCGGUCCUGCGGUAGACUCGAAGACGACGACGACGACGUUCCGCUCGAGGAAGCAGAAGAAGGAGCGACGAUUAUUAUUACGCGCGACGAGAAGCAGCGCUAUCGGACGCCUCGGGGCCAGGGCGCCGUUGCACACCGACCGACGGCGGAGCGGCGUUGCCGUCUCCUCUCCGCGGCCGCCACCGCCGCCGCCGCCUCCGCCACUUCCACCACCGCCGCCGCCGCCGCCGCCGCUGCCAUCGUCGUCGCGCCGUCGUUGCCACGUCCGCCGCUACGUUCCGCUGUCGGGAACGACGACGACCAGCUCCGAGGACACGUUGCACCAACUAUCAAUAUGGAGGCAAAGGAAAGGGAGAAGCCGCUAGUCAAAGACUUGAAUGAACAUAUCGUGUGUCCCCUGUGCAGAGGAUAUCUCAUAGAUGCUACAACUCUCGUGGAAUGUCUGCACUCCUUUUGCAGAGGCUGCAUCGUCCGGCGUCUGAGCAGCGGUGCCCGCGCGUGUCCCGUGUGUAACGUCGCGGCCUCGCCGCCACUUCUGCCGGACACCCGGCUCCAACGGCUGGUGUACCUCGCGGUGCCCGGUCUCUUCCGGUCGGAGCUCGAGCGCAGACGUCACUUUCGUCUGGUGAACCCGCAAUGUCCGCCGUUGGCGUCGCCAGUGGGCGGCCUCGACCUCACUCUGGAGGACCUGGUCAGUCUGAGCCUGAAGGAGUCCGAAAGAGAGACGAAAGUGGAGGAGGACGCUGUCGCGCCUUGCGACUCCUCGAGGAACGACGAAGUGUUCUCGGGUAGCACGCGAUAUCUCAAGUGUCCGGCCGCCGUGACGGUGCGUCAUCUGGUGAGGCUGCUGAUGCUGAAGAGAGGAUGGGAGGAAGCUAACGCGACUGUCAACAACAAGAUUGAGAUUUUAUACCAGCAUUCCGACAACGAGAAUAUGCGCCCGCUCGAUCCGUCCUGGACGCUCCUGGAUCUCGCUUGCAUCUUUCGAUGGGAGAGGGAGGCGCCGAUGCGGCUGUUCUACCGGGUGUCGCGAAAGGAGGAGGCGGUCUCGGCGUCGAAGGGUCCCUCGUCGUGCAAGGACGACGCGACGAAGGACGAAGGCUCGGCGGCGAUGGAGAACAUGCAGCGCCCUCCGACGCCGCCGCCGAGUCCUAAACCCAGCCGCGAACCGGAAGCGGAGGCCUCUCCUCGCGUCCUCGAGAAAGAGACGAAAACGAAGAAGCCGCGCUGCGAGGUGACCCCCGUGAUGCGCGCCCCGGAUCCUCCGAUCCCCGGAGGACUCGCCGCCGGGCAGCAUCAUCAUCAUCCGGAAGCCGCGAAGAGCAAGGACCUGACGAGGCUGGAGCACCGGAAGCGCCGCAAACGACGGAACAAGCGGGUGAUCGCGGAGAUCACCACGACUCCGCGCGAGGAUCUGCUGAAGCUCAAGGUCCGCCUGACCCCGUGUCCUCCCAGGAUCACCUCGGGCGCGGCGACGGGCGUCGGCUCGGGUAGCCAGAAGGAGAAGCUGCUGCAGAUGCGAGCGGUCAGACGCGAGAAGAUCAAGGCGAUCGGUCAGCAGCGAUCGGCGACCUCGGUGCGAGAGGAGGUCCAAGGAUCCAAGGAGUGCGCCGCUAUGGAGACGGAGGAGACGAUCGAGGACAUCAUCGACGGGAUUCCCGACGAAGUCGUUCAUAUCGCGCAGAACAUCGGUAAUCAGAACGAGGACGUCGCGGCGGAAAGAAAGAAGGACGAACCGAGCAACGACAGAGAGCUGGAGAACAACGCCGAGCCGGAGAAGCCGAAGAAGGACGAGGAGAUCCUUCGGCGACUGGGUUUGGUAGCCAUCAACGAGGCUCCCGGAGGGAACAAGACGGCGAAGCAGCGGACGCAGAGCGGCCCCGACAAGACCGACAACCUGGACCGCGAGAAGCUGGAGAAGCAGUUGCGCGAAAGCAAGGCGAAUCGCGUGCGGAGUCUGCUGGCGGAGAAGCAGAUGCGCGACGCCCUCAAGAGUAUCAUGUCCAAGACGAAGGAGGAACGAACGUCGUCCGUCAACGCGACCCCGUCCGGCUCGAAGAAGAAGGAGCCGCCGCCGUUGGCGCCUCUGCGCGUCGCCAAACCGUCCGGCUUCGCCGCGUCCUCCAAGUACGAGACGCCGUUGGAUCUCAGCAGCGGCGGACCCGCGGUCAACGACAACGUGCUGGACCUGUCGGCCACGUUGCCGGGGAACGGCCAGCCGACCACCUUCUCAUCUCCAUCCUCCUCGUCGCCAUCUUCCUCCUCGUCCUCGUCCUGCUCGAUGCCAUCGUUGUCGUCGUCCAGGCCACCUGGACGACCCGCCAUCGGCGGCGCCGGCUUCCUCCGCAAAUCCGUCAAGGAGCCGCAUCAGCGGGGCCAGCAGGAGUCGAAUCUGAGGACCCUCUCGGACGUCGCGGUUUCCCGUUUAAGCAGCUGCCUGACUCCAGAGAAGACUCCGGAGCCUCUCUCUCUCGCUUCCGCGAAUCUUCACAAGGUCGCCGCCCCCAGCAAAGUCGCCCUGCGCAUCCCACAGCUGCAUCAACGUAUCCCCGGGUUCAACAUGAAGAUCAAGCCGAAUCUCGGGGUACGGCAUAUCCCGAAUCCCCAGGCGGUCGUGGCUUCUCAGUAUCGUAAUCAGAGGGCCGGUUACUUCAACGCCGUCUCCCAGCAACCGCCCUUGUAAAUCUGUGUCUCUUCUAUAAUCGUAUAAUCCAUUCUUUCUCUCUCUUCCGCCUCCAUUUUUCCUCUCUAUCUUCGACGUCGGAAGACGAGGACGAAAGUUCCAUUAGAGACCAAGAUCCAAAGGCUUUUAUACAGGGUGUAUCUAAAUAAAUAUAUAUAGGUGGGAACAAUUUUAGAUCCUUUGUUUUGGAGAAACUUGAUGGAUGUUUUCCACUAACAAAAAGGAUAUUCAGUAAUAUUUUUUUCGGAGUCGUUAAAAGAGGAUGAAACUGGCAACCCCUAUUUAAUUUUUUAUCAGAACUUUUAUAUUUAUAGAAACUUCCCUUAAUCCUCGACAAAUAUCACCUCCUAAAAUUUUCGCACUUAGAUACACCCUGUAUAUUACAAGUGUGUUUUAUCCUUUUUUCCCCCGACGACUCGCUCGUGACGCGUAAUCAGAUUGAUUCGGAAAGACGAUUUUAUUACAGUGGCACGACUUCGUGAUGAUUUCCCAUUCGUGAAAACAAAUUGCUAGUUCGAAUGAAAGAUAUUGUGAGUAUCUGAUACACUGUAAGAAAAAUUACACGAUAGUCGGGAUAUUGAUGUAAGUAUUAUCUGUAUUGGGACAAAGUGCCCUUUUAAUAUUCCUAAUACUAUGUCUACCAAACUAUCUAAUCUCGCUAUCUAAUGCUGCAUUCAGCUUGAAUAGAAGUGUUAGCAGAUACAAGGUAUUUCCCGAGAAACUUUAUACUUACUACAAAUUCUUUAUGAAAUUUAAAGCCAAGUUUCUUCGAUAAAAGCACACAUUUUGUCUCUAAAGCUCAAGUAUAAAUAUAGUUUUUAAAUUAUAAGUGAUCAAAAACGGACCAACUUUUUGCGAACUAUAAGCUUCGCGGACGCGAAUAGAAUAAUAUAAAAGCUUAUUCUUUGAUUAAUUGAUAUAUAUGUAAGUGAAUUUUUUACUUUAAUAAAAUUUUAAUCCGAAGUUUCGAAUCUCGAGCGAUCUUUCGGUCGUUAAAAAUUAUCCAAUAGUGAGAAGAGAUGACAUUCAAUCAACUUUUUAUCAAUCGAAAACUCUAAUUCUCUUGAAAUUUAACAAAAAUCGUAUAGAUUGCGACACAAUUUUCGCUCUCGCUGAUUAAAUCGUGUGUUCCUAAAAUAUAUGAAUAUCGAAACUUGGAAGAUGCAAAAUUAUCACGCGAUAUUCCUAUAGGAAGUAUUUUAGCUCUGUAUCGCGAACAUGUCAAUAUUCGAUAUUCUAGUUGAAAUGUUUCUCAUGCUGAUAUCCUAUUAGUAUAUCGACGAGAGAAUCAAAGAGAUGAAGAAUAUGAUAGUUAUAUUUCUCGAAACACUUGUCUUAUUCUCGUAUCCGCAUAUUACAGGUGAGUAUAAAAUGACCUUUGUUCGUAAGUAUAUUAUACAAAUACAGGGUGUUUCUAAAACUGUCAGAGAUUUGAAGGUCCUAUUCUAGGGGUGAAAAUAAGAAAAAAGUUCUUACAAACAUGGGUCCAAAAAUGGAAAUUAGCACCCUCCACAUCUUCCUCUCAAAAUCGGAUCAAAUUGUCAAAAUCACAAAAAUAAAAAUACAAUUUUGUAAUUUUUUCUCUCAACUUUAAAGGGCUAUAACUCGAAGGAAAAAUGUUUAUAGGAACCUUUUUUUCUUAUUUCGACCCCCAGAAUACGGCCUACGAAAAUGUCGAAUAUUAUAAUUUUAGAAACACCCUGUAUAGAAGCGCACAAUCGUCCGUACUCUCGAUCUGAUUACGCCGUUCUUUGGGGGAAGGGAACCACACCGAUCACUUGUCGGAUUAUUGUUACCUAGAUAUAUCAAAACUGUGUGUACUACGACUGUAAUAAUGUAUGCCUGACCUGCGUCGCGGUCUAUACUCUUACUAUGGUUACCAAACGGAUCGAUCUGACAAAUGAAAACUCGCGAGGAAAAUCCGUAACGUCGCCGUAUCCGACAUAUUCCGACCGGGAACGAAUUUAGUCAGCAUAUAUAUAUAUAUAAUAUAACGAAUAAUUUUAUAUGUAUACAUCAAAUUAUCCAUUGUUUCAGCGAGGUAGAACGGUGCGAAGUACUUCGGGUUUGCGAGAGAGCGAAAAUCUGAUUCGCGCGAGUAAUCAAAGAUUUUUGUAUAUAGCAAGCACGAUGAAAUAUUUAUUUUGUCGAAUCUUUCGUUAUACAUAUUUUUAAUUAGUACAUCUUACUUAUUUUAUACAUUUUGCGUUCAAAUAUCUUAGCCGUAGAAGAGGAUAUAUACGUUUUAGUUGAUCGAAAAAGUUCCUUGCGCUUUUACGUAUUAUUCUAUUUACAAUUGUUGAAUUAUUUUAGUCGCUUGUUUGUUGAUUUAAUUGCGUGCGUGUAGAAUGUUUUUGUUUUCGUUGGAAACAUUCGAGGAAUAUAAAUUAGGAGUAGCUACGUGAUGCAAAAACGCAUCGUGCAAUCGAGUAAUCUCGAUUAAUCUUGGAUUUGUGUACGAAGUUUUUCCAAAGAUGUGUAAGUUAAUAACGUAAACGGAAAUCCGAUCGUGUUACACGAGAGGAUGAUUUUAUCUCGUUCCACAUAUAUGUUUUACGUCGAUAUUUUAUUAUCCUCGGGAGAUUUAUCCGAGAAGCGAGACUCGUUUUUUUUCUCGAGUGGGCCUAUUAUACAGUCGGGCGAUAUUUCUCCUUCUCUCUCAGAACCUACAAUUAGCAAAAUAUACCUACCUACGUGUAAUAAUUUGUAGAGAUGCCAAAGAGAACGUCAGAGAACGUGUGCAAUGUAUUAGUGCAAUUUAAUUAUCGUGUAAACGUAUAACGUAACCGUAUAAUCGAUCUAUCGUUCGGCGAUUCUUAACUCGUCGCCGAGUUAAAUAAAAGGUAGGUAGAUAGGUAGAUAAUCGUACAGUGAAAAAGAAUUUGUGUUAACUUGAUUAAACCUUUCAGCUAAAUAUUAUUUUGUCGAUUGAAACAUAUAAAAACAAAUUUAAAUUAAAUAUAAUGUAUUGAACAACUAACAAAUCGUAUAUUUGACUUGAAUAUUAAUAUACGUUCAAUUAACCAAAUAGUCAUUUAGUUGAAAGAUUCAGUCAAGCUGACUCGUUUUUUUUCGGUGUACAUAUACGGACACACACAUAUGCGAAUUGCGUGAUUUGUGAUUCCCCGAUUUGGGACUUCUGUAGCGUAUAUAUAUAUUAUAUAUAGACGUAGAGGGAGACAGGAGGUGUUUUUGUAUAACAGCACGUUUUUUUGUGAAAUUUAUAAAAAGGAAAAUGUCGCGAGAGAUUUUUUCCAAGCGCGUCGUCGAAAAAAAAAGUCUUUUGACUGACAAGCGUUUAGGGAGUCGGACGAAAAUUUCACGUCACAUACAUAUUUGAACAAAAAAUUAGCGAAUUUUGUUUAAUCCCUUAAAAUUCAAGCGAUACAUUUUAUCUUAUCUUCUGUAUUAGGAUAAUUCGUAGAUAAUGCGUUCAUAUAUGACAUAUGAUAUAUAUAGAAGCGAGGCUCUCUCUCUCGUAGUCUUUUAAUAUUUCUUUGGAUUUUGAGUUAGAACUGAAAAUAAUAUCUUAAUUUUAAAAAAUAAAAUUAUUUGACUGAAUUCAUAAUUUCUCAACUUUAUCAAUUUUUUAAAAAAAGUUACAAACGCGAAUACUUUUUUUGCUUCUAUAUAUCCUUCAUAUAACGGAAUGCCGAGUGUUUUAAUAAAAAAUAAAUGUCAGCGUCUUGAAUAAAUAGUCAUACAUUAUCCGGAAAGAAAUCACUGAGUCAUGAAUUCAUGGAAUAUACUCUUUCUGGAAUAAGAAUUCUCAUAAACUCGAUUUAAAAAAAAAAAAAAAACGACCAAAGUAUAUAGCGGACGGCAAAUAGCGUAAAGUUUUCAUAAAUUUAUUCGCAUAAUGUAAAAUGAUGAUUCGAAAAAUUAUGGUUAGGAGAUUAAUUGAAUGAAUAUCAAAAAAAUUUCUGAUACGCGAGCAAUCGCUACAUUUUUAAGGUGCGAAUCGCAGUGGAUAAUAAAAGCCUUCGUGAAAAAAAGACCGUUGCUUCCUUCCACGUGUGCUUGCGAUAUAAGAUACAGUCGAUGUAAUCGCUUUAUGCUAAUUCGUGCAUUGGAAUUCAUACGUAGCGAAAUCUCACACGCGCGAGACGGACUAGAAAACUUACUUACGAUAUUUGAGGAAAUAAAAAUGCGUAUUCGAUAAUAAA